AUGCAAAAGGGACAGGUCCAAGUACAGGAAAUAAGUCAUCUGCACCAUCCAUUGGCCGUCGAGAGCCAUCUACGUCCCAAUCAGAUGUUGGCAGCCGUCGAUGCUCGACAAGAGCAGAAAAAGUCUCCUAACAGUAGAAGAAGACGAAGAGGCAGUCGAAGAAGAUCAUCAGCAAUUACCGAGACCACAACAGAGGAGGAGGACAAGGAAGAAGAAGAAGAAGAAGAAAACGGGCAUGACAUGGGAAACCAGGCGCAACCCUCAACAGACAAUGAUCCGUUCUUCAUGGCAGUGCAGCAACAGAGCAGCCACAAAAGCAGACGUAGAAGCUCACACACUGGCGUCAGAUCCAAAGCAAAGCACAGAGCAAGUCUUUCCAAGAAAGAAGAAAAGGAUGAAUCGCCGGCAUUUCAAUCACUCGUGGACAUCAUCAGCGAAAUGAAGCGGUUGCCAUCCAUCUCCAUCACUCCGGACACAAAUACUGACGAGUCCACAGCCACAGCAUCAGCCAUAGACAAGGAUGUAAAUGCCUGGAAGCGAGUGCGUAGACACUCAGAACCACCACUAAAGAUGAGGCAGCAACAUCAACAUGACAACAGCAUCAAGAAGAAUGGCUCUGUAUUACAGACAAUCAAUGAGCAGCAUCAGCGAUUUGGUAAGCCCGUCUUUAUAAACUCUUUCUUGCCUUUGGAGGAAGAAAAAGACGGGGAGAACAAGUAUGCGGAUGCGCUUGUAUCACCACUGAACAAUGACAAAGAGCAUAUGACGUUGGUAGCACCUCCUCCCAACAGAAGUCGAAGUCAAUCUGUGCCAAACACUUUUGUCAAUCAACAGCAUUCUACCAGUCAGGAUCACCCCACAAAUGGCAGAAAACCACUGUAUCCUGCACACUUGAAUCCCACUGAAGCAGCAGCAGCAGUGCGAUCGCGUGUCUUGUAUUCAGGCAUGCUCAAGGUAGACAUGCAAGACAGCUCUGAAGCCAAUGUAGAGUGUGAGGAAUUGGAUGCUUCCAUCUAUAUCUUUGGGUCCAAGUACAGAAAUAGGGCGCUGAAUGGCGAUCAAGUAGCUGUUGAAUUGGUGGAUGUGGAUGACAUGUUGAACGAGAAACUGACCAAGCGACAGGUGCGUUAUACAAGACGAUUGUCUGCCAUGUCGCUGAACGGAGGCCCAACCGCCGCCGCCUCUUCAAUCACUUCAAACGGCGGCCUGUCGUCCAUACCUGAAGACAACAAUAGUGUGCUGUUGGAUGCUGGAUCAGAGAUGGCAGAGAGACCCAAAUACUGUGGCAGAGUAGUCUGCAUCCUUGACAGACCCAAAAACAUGUUAUUUUCAGGAACCCUGUCCUUGUAUCGCCCUCACGCUAAAACCUUGGAUAACGGUAGUCGUGACAAGAAAGAGACACAUGGCCCCAAGAUUAUCUGGUUUAUUCCUGCAGAUAAGCGACUUCCACUGGUCGCUGUACCCAUCAAGAAUGCGCCUGCCGACUUUAUCAAAUACCACGAAGAAUACAAAAACAGAAUCUUUCUGGGCAACAUCUUGCGCUGGCCAGUGACCUCGUUGCAUCCAUUUGGGUCGAUUGAAAAGGAAAUUGGAUGGGUUGGCGAACUAGCUGUACAUUCAGGCAUAUUGAUAGCUGACCAUCAUAUCAAGGAUGCCAAGUUCUCUGAGCAAGUCAUAAAAGCAGCUGCUUCUACGCCUACCAAGGUCUCACAUGAGGACAAGAAAGGGCGUCGUGAUUUAUCGCAGAAGCAAUUUGACAUCUUUACAUUCGGCGAUGCUAAUCAAGAUCUUGACUACGCUUUCUCGGUCACUCCAGCUGAAUCUGUUGAAAAGGGCAUCUAUGAAGUCGGUAUCCAUGUGUCUGAUGUCGCUGCUUAUGUCGUUCCUAACACGCCCUUGGACCGUGAGGCGCGAGAACGAUGCUGUGCUGUUAGUCUAGUAGACAAAAAAAUACCUAUUCUUCCAGAGUCGUUUAUGAAAGCACACUGUCGCUUUGACGUGGGCAAGCAACGAUUAGCCUAUUCAGUCAUGUGUCGUUUUACAGAAAACGGUGUCUUGUUGCACGCUUGGAUUGGGAAAACAGUUGUUAAAACAAAGCAGCAUGUGGAUGUCAACCACUUGACUACAGAUGCCAGCACCCUACUGAAGCUUUGCAAGAAAUUACAGCACAAUCGCCUGCACAAACUGGGUGGCGUGAGUCUUGCACACGCGUUUGAAAAGUUUACAUUGGCUGACAGCGGCUACCCUCAAGACAUUGAACGCAUUCAUCAAACAGAACAAGAUGUUCUCAUUCAAGAGUUGCUGAUUUUGGCCAAUAUCGAAGUGGCUCAAAAGGUAUCAACUCGAUUCCCAGAUCAAGCCUUGCUGUGUAGACAAGCGCCAACCAACAUGUCCAAACUGGCCACUAUCCAGGAUUACUUUGAUAAUAUACCAUCGACAAGCACAAUUCAGGGCUUGCUCAACUUGGUUAAAGAGCAAGAGACUAGCACAGAGAAGCAAGACACGUUGGUCCACAUGAUCCGUCAAGCCAUGCCACCCUCCAAAUACUACAGCGCUGGCUCUGUUGACAUUUCAAAAUUCCGCCAUACCAGCUUUGGUGCGUCCAUUUACACUGUGUUCACGGAACCCACUCACAACUAUGCAUCGAUCUGUGUUCAACGACAAUUGGAUGCUGCAUUAAAGGGAGAGGGUCAAGACAGUCAAAAUACCGAUUUGGUUGACAAGAUUGCUCGUUAUUGCAACUCGGCACACUUGCUCAAGAUGGCUGCUGAACAGGAGAGCAAGAAAUUGUACACUGCAGCUUACAUUUACCGUCAGUGCUUGAAUGAAGAGGUCAAAAAGAUCACAGUCGACUCGUUUGUGACCCAGCUUAAAGCAGAUUCGUUGCAAUUGUAUGUGCCUGAAUACGAUCUGGAGCUCUCGGUAGUCAUCAAUGAUCAAUCUCUGCCUGGUAGACAGCACAAAUAUGAUCCCGUGUUCCAUGAAAUGGAACUUGCUUGGUCAGACAACAACAAUGGUGAUGAAGAGCAGAUCAAGCAGACCUUGAAACAAUUGUCUAGGGUGGCUAUCAGUAUUCUGGUCGAUAUGAAGGUAAUCAAGCCCGUCUUUCAGGUUGAAAUUCUCAGGCAGUAG